AUGGAAGUUUUAGUUAAAAAGAAUAUAUGUAAAGAUAUCGAAUUUAUAGAUCAAAAUUAUAUUGCUCAAAGAAUGGCGAAAAUAGAGAUAACUACAGAUUGGACACAAGAUCAUUACUCUGUUUGGAGGAAUCAUCUAUUAGAUCAAAAAUCAAAUAAAUUCAUUCUAAGAGAUAAAGGUGAUAGAAGGGAUGAAUAUUUACAAAAAAGGUAUCAAUUAUUAGAUUCAAAAUAUAAAAAACAAACUUUUUCCUCACCAAAAAAACAUACAAACACCACCACCACUACCACUACCACUACUACUACUACCAAUAAUAAUAAUAAUAAUAAUAAUAAUAAUAAUAAUAAUAAUAAACAACAACAACAAUCACAACAAAAACCUAAUCAAGUAAUUACAAAUAAUAAUAAUAAUAAUAAUUUAGAAGAUUUUUCAUUUAGUGGAAUGCAUCAUAUUUUUGAUCAACAUAAAAAAUCAAUAACUAGAAUUAAAUUUGCAAAGAAUAGUAAAGAGUUAUUAGGAUUUUCAAGUGAAGAUGGUGGAUUAAGUAUUGUAAAGUUAUUACCAAAUGUUGAGAUUAUUUCUACGUUAAAGUGUGAUUCAUCGAUAAUCGAUUUCGAAUGGUGUAAUAAUAAUCAAGAGAUAGUGACUGCAACAUCUAAUGGUGUAAUUAAAUUAUUUCAAAAUAAUGGUGUUGGUGGUGGUAACAUCCAACUUUUGAAAACAUUUGGUAAAGAGUUGUCAAUAACAUCAAUAGUUUCAAUAUGUUUACAUCCAAUCAAACCAAAUCUACUAUUCAUAUCAGAGGGUGAUAAUAAAUGUAUCAUAAAGUUAAUCGAUAUAUCAAGUGGUAAAAUUAUUACUAAAAUUAAAGUUCAUUCAACUAUUACAAGUAUGCAAUUCGAAGAGAAAGGUACUUAUUUAUUCUUGGCUGAUCAAAAUGGUAUGAUUUUAAUAUUUAAAUAUGAUUUUAGUAGUGGUAGUGGUGGUGGUAGUGGUAAUUUAUCAAUGGUAUCAAAAACUCAAAUUACAAAUAAUUCAAUGCCAAUCACUAGUAUACAAGUACAUUAUUGGUAUUCAAAUGCACAGAAACCACCAGUAUUAUCGAUACUUUCAAAUUCAAAAGAUUCAAAAAUGAGAGUAUUUAUUGUGAAAAGUUUAUCAACUGGUAGUUUUGUCCUAUUUAGAGAGAUUAAUGUACCUUGUAAAUCGUUAUCAAUAAAGAGUUGUUUCUCACCAUUGGUAACAAAGAAUAGACAAGGUGCUUUCUUGGUUACUGGCUCUGAAGAUUCAAUCAUUUACAUUUACGAUAUCAAUAAAAAAGAUAAACCUUGUAUUAAUCAAUUAAUGGGUCAUGCUUCUGCUGUAAUCGAUGUAGCUUGGAAUCAUGAUGAAUCUUUAUUAGCAACCUGUGAUACUUCAGGUAUUGUAAUAAUUUGGAAUAGAUCAAAUUUAAAAAAAAAUUAA